AUGUUCAAGACGGUCGCGCUGGCCAUGCUGGCCAUUGCCGGGCCCCAGGGCGGUGGCGCUUCUUCCUUCUGGUACUCGAUGAUGGACCAUGCCGGCGCCCCGAGAGGCUAUGCCCCGAACGUCGACAACGCUGGCAAAUACAGUGUCUACGUCGCUGUCCGAUCCGGCGACGGCGCUGCUCUCCAAGAUGCCAUCACAUCUGCCCCCGGUGGCCAACGCAACAAGCAAUGGCUGGCUUCCCAACCCCGGGUUGUCUAUAUUCCUCCUGGAACCUAUGAAAUCAGCAAGACUCUCUUCAUGCAAACGGACACUGUUCUCAUGGGAGACGCCACCGACCCUCCAGUCAUCAAAGCCGCCAAAGGAUUCAGCGACGGCGUUCUCGUCAACGGACAGGACCCCUCUACCAAGGAAAAGGGCGAAAACUCCUUCGCCAUCAGCCUGAAGAAUCUGAUCCUCGACACGACGGCGCUUGACGGAGGCCGAAACUUUACGGCCCUGUACUGGGGCGUCGCACAGGUCUCGCAGCUUCAAAACGUCAAGAUUCAAAUGCCCAGUGCCAGCAAUGGCGACGGCCACAGUGGCAUCAGACUCGGCCGAGGCUCUACGCUCGCCCUCGCCGAUGUCCGCAUCGAAAACGGCCAGAACGGCAUCUGGCACGACAGCCAUCAACAAGCCCUGUACAAGAACAUUUACUUUUACCAAAACGCUGUCGGCAUGCUUAUCUCCGGCGGCAACACCAUCACCCUACUGGCACCCACCUUUGACAGCGUCAAGUCUGGCAUCCAAAACACCGGCGGGAGCCCUUUUAUCGGCAUCCUCGACGGCAAGUCGACCAACUCGGGCGUCACCUUGACCUCAACCGUCCACCCCUCCGUCUUUAUCCAGAACCUCGAGACGGACGGCAAGGCCGAUAUUGUCCAGCUGCCCGACGGCACCGCCCUCACCGCCGCCCGCCACGUCGACAACUACUCGCACGGCAACACCGUCGGCCGCGCCCCCGUGUACGGCGCCACGGCCGGUGCCCAGAAGCUGUCGAGCACCGCGGCCCCCGGCGGCCGCAUCCCGUCCAUCCCGGUGCCCAACUUUGCGAGCAACCCGGUCUCGGAUUUCGUCAACGUCAAGGACGCCCGCCAGAACGGCGGAUACACGGUCCGCGGCGACGGCACACUGGACGAGGCCGCCGUGCUCAACAAGGUGCUCGCGUACGCCGCGGACAAGAAGAAGAUUGCGUACUUUCCCUACGGCGACUACCGCGUCGAGUCGACGCUGCUCGUCCCCAUCGGCUCGCAAAUCGUCGGCGAGGCAUGGGCAACCAUCUCGGGCGGCGGCAAGUUCUUCCAGGACGCCACCGACCCGAAGCCCGUCGUGCAGGUCGGCAACGAGGGCGACGUCGGCGUGGCGCAGAUCCAGGAUAUGCGCUUUACAGUCUCUGAGGUGCUUCCUGGCGCCAUCAUCGUUCAGAUUCAGGCGGCUGGCACCUCGCCCGGCGACGUCGCGCUCUUCAACUCGCUCAUCACCGUCGGCGGCACCCGCGGCGCGCCCGGCCUGACCGACGGCUGCACGGACGCAAGCAACCCGUGCCAGGCCGCGUACCUGGGCCUGCACCUGACGGCGUCGUCCUCGGCGUACGUCGAGAACGUGUGGAACUGGGUCGCGGACCACAUCACGGAAGACUUUUCCGGCGGAUCGAGCAUCGCCGGCAAGGGCGGGGCGCUCGUCGAGUCCACCAACGGCACGUGGCUGCACGCGCUCGGCAGCGAGCACUGGUGGCUGUACCAGCUGAACCUGCGCAGCGCCGCGCACGUCGUCGUCACGCUGCUGCAGAGCGAGACCAACUACGAGCAGGGCGACAACGCGCGGCGGCUGGCGCCGGCCCCGUGGCGGCCCGACGCCGCCGCCUGGGGCGAUCCCAACUUUGCGUGGUGCCGGCCCGACGACGCCCGCUGCCGCAUGGGCCUGGCCAACUACAUCCAGGGCGGCGAGGACAUAUCGUACUAUGGCGCCGCGUCGUGGGCGUUUUUCAGCGGCCCCGGCUACCAGCCGUGCGCGGGCCGCUUCAGGUGCCAGAAAGUGAUGCACUGGAUUCAGAAAACGCCGAGGAACUUGCAGAUGUAUGGCAUGUGCACCAAGGAUACGACGAUUGCGCUGCGGCUUGGCGAUGGCACGACGGUGGGCGCCGAAGGCAAGUUUGAGGGAGGCUGGAAUCCGGGCGCCACGAUUGGUCGCUACACGAGCUGA